UGGCUGGGGGGGUAUAUAAGUGGAGUUGGGAGCGAGGGAGAAAGCAGAAGUGACUCGGGACUCUUACUGGACUCCUGAACCUGCACACAGCACCUCAGAAGAGCCCUCUGACCUCCAGAAGAACCAUCAUGAUGUGCAAGCUUCUCAUGUCCUGCUUCAUCCUUCUCAGCCUCUCCUGGAAUCUGCUCUCCCACCCCAUCACAGACUCCAGCGAGAUGGCUUACUCAGUCCAAGGGUCGAUGGAGGAGGGCCGGGGUGUGAACUCGGAGGCUCUGAGCUCGGCAGAUAAGAGUUACCUCUCCCAGAGCCUGCCCGCUCUCCUCGCCUACCCCAGCCUGCUUGCAGAGGAGAUCAGCCGUGACGGUCUGCAGACAGGAGGCUACAUGGCAAGUGGAGCUGUGAAGGAGGUCCGACUCCCCCAUGUGACCCGGAUCCUGGGAAACAGGAACCAGUACAGGAAGAGGGGGAGCACGUCAGAAUGCUUCUGGAAAUACUGCGUCUGAGACACACACUGAGAAACGCAUGCACACUGAGACACACUGACACACUG